AUGGGAGGAUUCAGUGAAACUUCGUCUUCCUUUUCUGGAUCUGGAAGAAGGCACAACAGGUCGAAGCCGUUGAAGCUUCUCUGCGAUUGUGGAGUUGAAGCUCCCCUUGUAACAUCUGGGACUCCAAUUAACAAUGGAAGGGUGUUCUAUGGUUGCGGAUUGUACAAGGUAUAUGGAACAAAACAGUGCAGGUUCUUUAAAUGGAUGGAUGAAGUUGAUGCACAGCCAGGGGAAGAUAGGGAAGACAAGCUUGUUGAGAUCUUGACAAGGAAGAUUGUUGAAUUGAGGAGGACACAAAGGCUGUUGCAAAUGUGUUUGGCAAUUGCUAUGUUUGCUCUUUUGUUUAUGCUGGUUUUGUAUGUAACCAAGUAG